UGCACGCGCAUACGCGUCAAUACACUCGGUGCGCAUAGUAUCUCGCGGACGCGCCGGACGUGGAUUUAUGCCGACGAGCGGUCGAAGACGAUAACUUUUUCGACAGUAUACACUGUGUAUGCCCAUGUACUUUGACUACCGAACGUCGCCGUUUCCGUCGAGUUCAUAAGUUUUUUGGCAUUUUUUUUUUUAUUAUAUUUAUUUUCGGUGUGCUAUAACCGUCGGAGUCGUUUUAUUUUCGCGAUAAUAUAUUUUUAUAUCUGUUCAUUAUAAUAUAUUAUUCAAGUGCGGUGGUGUAGUGCGACGUAUAAUACAUAUAUACGAGUGUGUCUUAACCCAGCAGUGCGACCGUCUUCGGCAGACUUGUAUAUUCGGCGAAUAUAUUAUAUAUAUACCUACCUACCGCGAUUGUUUACGAAAAGCCUGCGCGAUUACUUUUGAUUGCUGUAACAGUAAGCUCGAUUAUUUUAGACUUAAAACAUACAUACGCUGUAGUUUCAUAAAAUACAUAGUGUUCCAAACGUCUGCGAGCUUAUAAAAAAGCACAACUUUUACCUCCGCACCAUUCCUACUCGAUAAUGAUUUGUAUUUUUCUUUGUUUGGAAUUUCCAGCUCCAGAAGUUUGGAACACGUUGUAUGUUUAUUUUUAAUUAGCAAAAUGUCCCUCGGGAAUUAUCACUUCCCCGUAUGCUUUCAACUUCCUUGCGAUAGUUCCCUUUUCGUAUCCUUAAUUUAUGGUCAAUUCACACGUAGGUUCCACGAAAAAUCCGAGGCCGAUUUUUUCUGUCUUUACAGGUGAACAAAUUCGAACAUUUUUUUUUUUAAUUAUGAUCUGUAAACAAAUAUGACCUUGUGAAAAAUAGCUAUUGUUUUUAUAAUUUUUCUCGGGGUGAAUGACCGUCGACGAGGACUCGCCCUUUAAUGAUCAACAGGACAAAAAUCGACUUCUGUCACAAUUUCUGUCGAUCUGCCGCAUCAGUGGACCAACAGCAUCAGCGCCAAGUACGGUGCAAUAUUAGAGACAACUACACAUUACGUCGUCGACGACUAAAACUGCCAUAGCCGAUACCCAACAGCCGUGGUAUUAUGCGAUUUUCGUGCGCGUCGGUGUUUCAUCGGUCGAGAUGAAAUCGUCCGACGACGACAAGCACUGCGUCGGUCCUCGCAAACCACAAAUUCCAACUGAUUCUUGGAAGAGCGCUGGAUGAUAGUACCUGUCGGGGCGGCGAAUCUAUAGAACCACCCCAACUGGAUCCCGAGUGGCUGAGGGCGGAGACCAGCGGCGACCCCGUUAUGCGGCUAUCCAACGGCAGCGAAGCAACCACCGACUCCAUGGUUGAAAUGUUGCAGUUCAACGAGCACUUCCUCGACGAGGACGGCACCAAAUUCAUGUUGAAUCCCGCCGAGCUAGAAGACCUGCUGGGACGCGAUCAGUACGCCGCCGACGGUUCACCGAUCGCCGUGUCAGUGCAACAACAACAGCAGCAGCAACAACACCUCCACGGCGGUCACCACCACCACGGCCAUCACCACCAACAGCCGAACGGCGUCGAUCAGCCCAACACCAAGCCCACCGCGAAUUUCGCCGACCUCAAACCGCUGAUGCCGUUCCACACGAUCACGGAGCGCGUGAACAUCAACGGCAUACCCGGCCACCACUACCAGUCGAUCGCGUCCAACAACCGGGUGGCCGAGAACAACAACAACACGGCCACGGCCAACAACAACAUGUACUACCAAAACGAAUACCUGGUAACGUCGUCCACCAACGCGGGACUGACCAAGUUCAAGGAGGAAGACACGUUCGUCGACAAUCAGUUCGACGAGUUCGAGAUGCUGAUGGGCAGCCCGUCGUUCGGGCCGGACACUACGGUGACGGCCAGCGGCGACCACCCGGCCGUGGACGGUCCCGACGAGUGGCUGAGCGUGGGCGACGACUGGACGUCGUACGAACACCCGAACGGUUCGCCGCAGGACAACAAGGCCGGCAUACUGUCCGACGUCACCAUACACGACCUGGUGGCCAGUUCCCAGUUCCCGGGCAUGACGAACGGAGGUGCCGGCGGAGGUGGCGGCGCGGGAGGUUAUCACCAGCAGCCGCCGUCGUCCAUGCAGAAACCGCUGUACCAGCAGCAGCAACAGCAACAGCAACAGCAGCAGCAGCAACAGCAGCAGCAACAGCAGCAGCCCCGCGAGCUGGUGACGUCCAACGUGCCGCCGCCCGCGCCCCGCCCGGCCGCCGCGGCGUUCAUGCCGCUGCUCCAGAGCCGACUGCAGAACGGGCCGGCCAACAAAGCGCCGCUCCAAGACGCCGGCAGCUAUCACAUGGACUGCGCGUCGUCGCCGUCGUCGUCCACCCCGUCGUACCUGGCGCACAGCCCGACCAGUCACGUGGUCAGCACCACGGACCUGGGCGGUUACAUGCCGUCCGCCGCGGCCGCUGCCGCCGCUGCUGCAGCCGCCGCCGCCGCAGCGUCCGUCCACAGUUCGCGGCCGUCGCCCGAAUUCGCGCACACCACCACGCCCGGCCAGGGAUCGCACAUGACCGCGAAAAAGUCGCGGAACAGGAGCGGCAAGGCGAAGGGUAGCGGAGGGGGCGGUGGCGGCGGGGGGGGUGGCGGAGUCACCGCCCGGAGCACAGUGGUCUACUGUUCGGACGGCAACGUGGCCAGGGAACGGACCGUGCACAACUGUCACAUAUGCAACCGCGGGUUCCUGAACAAGAGCAACAUCAAGGUUCACCUGCGCACGCACACGGGCGAAAAACCGUUCCGGUGCGAGGUGUGCCAGAAAGCGUUCCGGCAGAAAGCCCAUCUCAUCAAGCACGCGCAGAUCCACAAACGCAGCGGCCGGGACUGAGUCCGGCCGUCGGACGUCGGCCGCGAUCACCCCGCGGGACGCCGGGCCGCAGCAGGUACCGCACAUUGACUAUAAUACAGUACGUCACGAUGACGCGAUUACUAUAUAAUAUAAAUACGAUAAUAAUAAUAAUAAUAACGUGCCCGC